UCGCAUUUGUUUUUGUACGUAGAGACCAGAGACAAGUUCUGAACCUGUAUUUCGUUGGAAGCGCAGUGGCGAAGUCGUAAACGUAAUGUGAAACGUGUUGUUUGUGCGUAAUUUUAUUUCACUUGUUUAGAGGAAGACUGAUUAGUCCUAAGCUUUUCCCCUGAGUGGAAUGUGUCUUCAGUUUUCUUCUAUAUUUCGCAACUCUGAUGUUCAGUUGCAGUUUCAUUAUGGGAACGAGAUGGACCUGUAGUGGUUUCUGCAGUCGGUAUAGUCAUUCUUAACGAGAACAGCAAUUCACCAGUAUUCAAGAUCUGACAGGUUGCUGGAAACUUCCGUCCUACAUAUUUCAUUACUGUGGAUAAAGCAGUCACAACAUGGAAGUAAUCAUUUUUCAGUUUGUUUGUUUGGUAGUUCUUUUUGUCAUUAUGACUGUAAGUGGAUCAAUACCUAUAGUCAUUAUAUGGAGGCGCAAGAAUGCUCAGUUAAGUGACAUCGCUGGCACAUUAAUAUCUGUAAGCAACUGUGUUGCUGGUGGUGUUUUUAUGGGGAUGUGUUUUUUAGGACUAUUUCCGUUUGUCAAGGAGAAGUUUAGAGAUGUUAUGGAAAAAAUGAAGCUGUCAACCACUUUCCCAAUAGCAGAGUUUGUCAUUGGCAUUGGCUUUUUCCUUAUUCUAACAUCAGAACAAAUUUUGAUCUCUAAAAAGAAAUUAAACUCAGCUCCUGUUAAGAAUUCAGCUCACACAUUUGUUGCUAGUGAUGAUGAUAAACAUGAAGAUGAAUCUCAUCUUGGACUUCUGGAAGCAGAGGCCAAUGAAAAACAAACUGACCAUGAGUUGCAAAAUGAUGAUAAUACGGAGCUUCAGCUAAGUGUAAGUGGUCAUUCACAUCUGGACACAAUACUUUUGACAGACAACACUUCUAAUCAGCGUAGUUUUAUGUUGUUACUCGCUGUUAGCAUACACUCACUGUUUGAAGGGAUUACAUUAGGCUUACAAACUGACAUGGUGAAACUCUUGCAUUUGUUCCUUGCAGUUUUAAUUCAUGAAGUACUCGUCGUACUCGCACUGGGUGUUAACAUAGCAAAACGUAAUCUGGGCGUAACAAAAAGCUUUAGGUAUAUUCUGAUGGCCACUGGAAGUAUACCUGUUGGAAUGAUUGUAGGACUCCUUAUUGGAACAGCACCAGGCUUAUUUGGCAGUGUACUUUCAGCCUGUCUGCAAGGCAUUGCAGCAGGAAUUUUUAUACAUGUAACAUUUAUGGAAAUUAUGCCAGAAGAGUUUGUGAGGAAUAAGUAUCAACUGUGGAAAGUAUUAUUUUUUUUCAUUGGAUUCAUGUUAAUGGCAGUAGUGAGUUUCUUUUUAGAUAGUUACAAAUAAAGAUCCAUGUUCAUUUCGGAUAUUGAAGAAGAGGAAUAAUUUUCCGUAUAUUUGUCAUAUUUUGACAGUCUGCUUUCAGUGUGACUUAUUACACUUUGAUUUGAAGAAGACUGAGGAAAUAGUUCCUUGUUAAUACAUUGAAAAACAGUAUUUAUUAUAUAU